AUGGAAGAUGCCGCCCAAGCUGCCGCAGCUCCUGGGGUUCCUGGGGCUCCUGCUCCAGGGCGCCGUGUAUGGCCUCCGCGACGGCAGGUGUUGCCGAAUCGCAGCAACAUCCCAGCGCAGCAGCGGCUCUUGCCGAUGCCAACCUUUGGGCGACAGCCAGUGGCUGUUGUGGCUGGACAGGUAGUGGAGGCUUCACCAGAAGGUGCGAAAAUAAUUCAGGGGCGAAUAGAACGUGGUCCCUGGCAUGAGACGGACUUGGAGAUUCCGGCAGACAUGCAACUUGAAAGGGGGAGCACCGGUCAGCUUGUCAGCAAGUACAGAGGACUUGGUCGGACUUUGAUGGUAAACUCUGUGGUCAUCAUCACCUUGUACUUCUUAACAAGUGCUGCGUUUUUCUACUUUUCCAACGAUGUCCCCAGGACUUGCAACGUGGACUUCAGCUCAACCUUUAUUUGGCUUGGGGGUUGCGAAGCAAUUCUUGGGUUGACGAUGACCUGCUUCCUAGGUGUUGCAUACCGAAUGCUUUGGGCCCUAUACCAUGGCGAAAUCGCCCAGAAGUAUAGGUUCCAGUGUAGGGACGAGGAGGCGGACUCAGAGGAGAGUGAUUUCGAGGAGCAGGCCACACUUGCUCGCCAUUGCUUGUUGGUACCGCGCUUCAUCUACUGCCUUGCGACUGUCUCAACCUUGCUGCUUUGGCUAAAUGGUGUGUAUCAGGCCAUGUCGGCCAAGGAGCAAAUGUGUGGUCGUUCUGCUGAGGUCUUUUGGCUCUUGGCCUUCAUCAUGAUGGCCACAACUUGCUACGCGUCAGAUGGCACAGAAUAUCACAGCAGCAGCAAUCAGCAGCAAAUGAGAGAGAGAGAGAGGAGCUUUCGAGCACGUGCUUCUUUUGUGCGAGCAGCACAGCGCAGCGCACUGUGCAGCAUCAAGGCAGCUUCUUACGAUCAGCAAGAUGAUUGGUUGUGGAAGUUGCCAGAUGACAAGCACGAGGAUGAAAUCAUCCCACCGAGCAGCUGGUGGAUGUUCUGUGUUACUGCAGCUGCCCCAGAUAUGCUGCUGGACGCAUUCAAGUGUUCAGCCUUUUCACUCUUGCUCCUGACGCGUGCGUUGCUUGAGAACAUGAGAUUCAGUGCAUUUGUGAUCGCCAGUGUUUUCGUGAGCUAUGUGGGCUAUGGAAUGCGACAUGGCAUGGAUGAUGACAAGGAGGCUGCCGAGCUGGCAACGGAAACUGUUCACCUCGUGGAAAGUGGCGACCCACUUGGGGAUGCCGCCGAAGCUGGGAAUGUGGAGUUGGUCAAGAAGCUGCUGAAGGGCAGGGGCAAACUCAAGGUGCACGCCACGGACGGCAAUGGCGAAACCCCAUUGAUUCGUGCGUCCCGAAACAACCACAUCGAAGUCGUCAAGUUGUUGAUCUCUGCUGGAGCUGACCCCAACAAAAUUGGAGGUCGUCAGAGUCCUUUAAUGGUGGCGGCCUACCAUGGUUACGUGGAGCUGAUGAAGCUGCUGCUUGGCGCUUUUGCCAAGGUGGACCUUCGGUUUUCGGGCCAGAGCGUGACAGCUUUGUUCAUGGCGUUGAAGCAUCCGGAGGCUGUGAAGGUGCUAUUGAAUGCCAAGGCGACUGUGAAUGCCGUGGCAGAGUACGAUGACAAGACGCCGCUACACCAAGCAGCUCAACACGGGUUUGCUGAGACGGUGAAGUUGCUGUUGGCUGCGGGGGCAAUCGUCAACAAGAAGAACGGAGACGGCUGGACUCCGCUGUUCAGCGCCGCCCGUUACGGUCACACAGAUGUCAUGAAGCUUCUGCUGGACGCUGGGGCGGAGGUCAAUGUGGUGAACAUGCACGACCAAACUCCGCUGCACGUAGCCACCUGGAGCGGCAAAGCCGAUGCCGUGAAGCUUUUGCUGGAGCACCACGCCUCCGUCAACGUGGUGGACGACUCGGGGUCCACGCCGUUGAUCACGGCCGCGCAGGAGAACGCCGAAAUGGUGAAGUUGUUGCUGGAUGCCAAGGCAGAGGUGAACGUGAAACUCGACAAGUACCUCACCACCCCCUUGCACCAAGCGGCUAAGAACAAUCUGCUUGAAGCGGCCAAGAUGUUGUUGGAUGCUGGGGCAGAUGUGAAUCCCAAGGACAGUGAAGGCGAAACGCCCUUUGAUUAUGCCACUGACGGUGCGAAGGAGCUGUUGGCGGAGCAUGGUGGCGUGGAAGGAAAGUCAUGGGCCUGGCUGGGAAAACGUGCGAUGAAGAAAAUUGUCGGGUGA